CAGUGAGUGCAGUACGAGUUUUACACCCGCUUUUCUAGGUUUGAAUAAUUGUCUUUUUGGAAGAUGGGUGACCCUGUGGAGCAGUACUCGAACAGACUUCAACAGCAGGAAAGGGAGGUUAAAUCUCUCUGGGCUGAGGUAGAGAACUUGAAGAAUUCUGAAUUCUCCUCGCCAGAGCUGGAUGAUCUCAGAGAAGAGAAUGCCAGGCUGAAAUAUCGUCUUAACAUACUUAAAAAGAGUUUACAAGAGGAAAGGAGCUACAACAGCAAGAGCAUGACCAACAUCAACCAGAGACUUCAGGAUAUCUUCGGGCAUGCUAUCUGCAUAGCCUACCCUGACCUGGAGAACCCACCACUGGCUGUCACUCCCAGCCAACAGCCCAAGUUUGGAGAUUACCAAUGUAACAGUGCCAUGGCUAUGUCUCAGAUGAUGAAGGUUAAGGGACAGAAGGUAAACCCCAGAGAGAUAGCAGAGAAGAUUGUCCAAAACAUUCCUGAGAACGAGUUAAUCGAGAAGACAGAAAUCGCAGGACCAGGUUUUAUUAAUGUUCAUCUCAAGAAGUCGUUCGUGUCGAAGCUUCUGACCAGCUUGCUUUUAUACGGUGUGCAGCCUCCUGCUUUAGACAAGAAAAAGAAGGUCGUCGUGGAUUUUUCCUCUCCGAACAUAGCGAAGGAGAUGCAUGUGGGUCACUUGCGUUCAACCAUCAUAGGGGACAGCAUGUGUCGUCUCUUUGAGUUCUUGGGCCAUGAUGUUCUAAGGUUGAACCAUGUGGGAGACUGGGGGACACAGUUCGGAAUGCUCAUCGCUCACUUGCAGGACAAGUUCCCGAAUUAUCUGAGCCUUUCUCCACCAAUUGAAGACCUGCAGGCCUUUUACAAAGAAUCUAAGAAGCGAUUCGAUGAAGACGAGGAUUUCAAGAAGCGAGCCUAUCAGUGUGUGGUCAAGCUGCAGAGCAAGGAACCAGACUUCAUCAAGGCCUGGAACCUGAUCUGUGAUGUAUCAAGGAACGAGUUCCAAAAAGUGUACGACAGCCUGGGCAUCCGGCUUUUGGAGCGGGGGGAGUCUUACUACCAGGACAUGAUGACAGAGGUUGUGAAGGAAUUUGAGCAAAAAGGUCUGGUGCAGUUGGACGAGGGCCGAAAGAUCGUCUUCGCCCCUGGUCAGUCCAUCCCUCUGACAGUGGUGAAGUCGGACGGCGGCUACACCUACGACACGUCAGACCUAGCGGCUCUGCGGCAGCGCCUCUUCGACGAGAAGGCUGACGUCAUCAUCUAUGUCACAGACAGCGGCCAGGCUACACACUUCCAAGUGGUCUUCGCUGCAGUUCAGAUGAUUGGCUGGUACGACCCCAAGGUCACACGCGUGGAGCAUGCAGGUUUCGGAGUGGUUCUGGGAGAGGACAAGAAGAAGUUUAAAACCCGCUCAGGGGACACAGUCAGGCUAAUGGACCUGCUGGAUGAGGGUCUAAAAAGAUCCAUGGACAAGCUCAAAGACAAAGAGAGGGAUAAGGUCCUGACACCAGAAGAGCUCAUCCGGGCCCAGCGCGCCGUGGCCUUCGGCUGCAUCAAAUAUGCCGACUUGUCUCACAACCGCAUCAAUGACUACGUGUUCUCCUUCGAUAAGAUGCUGGACGACAGAGGCAACACGGCAGCCUACCUGCUUUACGCCUUCACCCGAAUCAGAUCUAUAGCCAGGCUGGCUAACAUCGAGGAAGCGGUACUGCGGAAAGCCGCAGAGACCUGCGAGAUCGUCUUGGACCACGAGAAGGAGUGGAAGCUCGGCAGGUGCAUCCUGCGUUUUCCCGAAAUCCUGCUCAAGAUCCUGGACGACCUGCUGCUGCACACGUUAUGCGACUAUCUCUAUGAGCUGGCCACCACCUUCACCGAGUUCUACGACAGCUGCUACUGUGUGGAAAAGGACCGACAAACAGGCGAGGUGGUUAAAGUAAACAUGUGGAGGAUGCUCCUGUGCGAGGCCACAGCUGCCGUGAUGGCCAAGGGCUUCGACAUCCUAGGCCUCACUCCGGUCCAGAGGAUGUGAUCCCUCUGAUUCCUCGUCCUCAGCCAAGCAAACCAUGCACUGUUGUAUUUUUACGGUAAACCAAAUAAAAACCCCAACAGCUUGUUGUAAAAACUA